UUAGCGAGCGCCUCGAUCCUCAACACGCGGCUCGUUGGUGACCCUCCAAGCUGUAAGAGACCAUCGAUCGAGCCACGAUUAAUUUCUGGCGUCAAAAUCCAGCGCUUACGACGAGGUAAUUAUUGCCGUCAGAGCGAGAAAGAGAGAAAGAGAGAGAGAAGUGUUGGGAUUGGGGAAAGUGGGGGAAGGAAGCAAAAGCUGAGAAUGGAAAGAGAAGGCCAGCCAGAGAAUUAAGCGCAGUGAAUGAAUGGGAAACCGAGGCCGCAGCAGCCGCAGCAGCACCGCCGUCCCCUUGGCGGCGUCGCAGUAGAUGCUGCAGCUGCCUCCUUUUCUUAUCUCCUUAAACGAAAACUACUGUUCCUCUUCGUCUUGGAAUCGAAGCGUGAUAAAAGUUGCAGAUCAGAGAGAGGCGAAGCCGGCGCGUCGACUGCCUGACUGCUGCCUGCCUCUCUCCCUCCCUCUGAGUCCCUCGCUGGUAGCCGGGGUAAAAACGACGACAGCAGAGAGUGGCUUUCAUGCUUUACCACUCCGAGGGAAUUAGGUAAAACAAAGCCACGGAUUGAAUUCGUAAUUAAGCAAGCGGAGGGGCCGGGAAGAACACAGCUAGCGCUUUAAUUUAUUAAGCAUGGCGUCCGGAUUCCCUUUUGGCGGCGGCAGAGGAGACGGCGGCGGGAUCCCUCCGGCGGAGUCCUUCUUCCUUUAUGGCGGCCGCGGCGGAGGAAGCCGGAGAGACCCUGAAAUCGGCGGUAGUGGUUACACCCGCGGAUUCGAGCUGACGUGGCAGCAGCAGCAGAUCGGGCAGCAACAGCAGCACUACUCGGCGGCGGUGGGGUUCCCCGGCGACCUCCCUCUCGUCGCGGGCCUCCGCUCUGAGGCUGGCAGAGGCAGCGUCGGAGGAGGGCAUAGCUGCCAGGAUUGCGGCAACCAGGCCAAGAAGGACUGCUCCCACCUCCGUUGCCGCACCUGCUGCAAGAGCCGCGGCUUCCAGUGCUCCACCCACGUGAAGAGCACGUGGGUCCCCGCCUCCAAGCGCCGAGAGCGUCAGCUGCACCUCGCCGCCGCCGCCUCCGCCGGAGAGUCCUCCAAGCGCUCCAGGGACAUCGUCGUCGCCGCUACUACCACUACCACGUAUGGAGGAGGAAGUCAAAAUCACGAUCUGUUUCCGGCGGAGGUGAACGCGGAGGCGAUGUUCCGGUGCGUGCGCGUGAGUCCCGUGGACGAGGCGGAGGAGGAGUUCGCGUACCAGACCACGGUCAGCAUCGCCGGCCACGUGUUCAAGGGCGUGCUCUACGACCACGGCGCCGCAGGCCCCGGCGAUCUCCCCUCCUCCUCCUCCUCCCGCUACCAAUUACUCACCCACGGCGAGGACUCCUCCUCUCCUACCGCCACCGGCGCCGCCCCCACCGCCAACGCCAGCGCCAACGACGCCGCAAACACCGCCGCCACCGCAGAGCUGCUGGAGCCGUAUCCGACGCCGCUGAGCGCCUUCGUCGCCGGCACACCAUUCUUCCCGCACCAGCGAUACAGGCCUAGCUAGCUAAUCGAUCAACUCCCGUAGUCCAUGAAUUAAUGCGUGUAAUCGAGAACAUGCUAUCUUGAAUAACUCCAUGACCGAAAUCUACUUACUGCUCUCCUAUCAUUUCCCAGCUGCCUAAA